CGCGAAGUGAAGCAAUUAAACCGAUUGUACUGUUCUAAGACUUCUGUUGAAAAGUUAAUUACAGAGCCACACUUGCUGGUCAAUUCAUUCUAAUCGUAUAAAUUAUAUAAGCAAUUCAUUUUUAGCACCUUUACGCGUAAACUAGCACUACUUUACAAUUGCAAAUCAAAUCAUCACAAUCUAACAAAUCAACAGAUACGAAAGCCAUUCGAAAACUAUCGCAAACCACUCGGCUGAGAGUUACCAUCAACCACGCAACCUCCUCCAGCUUCAAGUGAGAAACAGAAAAAAAAACAAUAAUCCAAAUCACUAACUAGAUUAUUAUCACAUAAUAAAACAAUUCAGGACUAUUCAUAACAUCCAUUCGACAUUCGCAAGGUAUCCGUGUAGCUCCUCGACAUCACUUGAUUUCUUAGAUUCCAGUUGCGAAAAAAAUCAUUCCACACACACACCAUUGAAUUGAUGAUUAGUAAUAACAAGACUGUGUAGAACACAGAAAGUUGUCAAGAAAUUCUAAAUUUGAAACGCAUUUCAAAACUAUCGAAAACUCAAAUUGCAGAUAAAACAAAUCGAUUAUACAAAUUUUCAAAAAACUUCAACAUUUUACUACAAAAUUAACUCAAGAACGAAAAAAAAAUUGUUCAACUUGAAAUUCGAGAAGAGGAAAACAAACUGAACGACGAGGAGUCACGAAUCAAUCCGAGAAGACAGUUAAAGAAUGGAGUCUGGAGGAAACAACUGGAACUUCAAUUCCAUGCCCAACUUCAUGGGGGCAGGCGGGGGGAACUCUUCAGCAGGAGCCGCCAUGCAGUACCCCUCCAAUCCAUCUUCAUUCAACUACCCUACUCCAUCAUAUAUGCAACAAGUAGCUGCAGGUAUGAUACCCUCAGCAAUGAACGCCAUGUACAGUUCCUCGCCCACCGGUUGCGGAGGAGCAGGCAUGUCGGGAGGCGCCUCCGUCCACUCUGGAGUGAACCAUGGUUCGUUUCCGGGCGCGAACGCCUCAGGAGCAAUUAUGGAUCAGAGCUUCGGGUCAGGCGCUUCGGCUAUACAUGCGUUCGAUGCGUUCGCAAGGCAUCAGCCCUCCGCUGCUUCUAAUUGGUACAACGCAGCCAACAACCCAAGUUUAGCAUUCUCAAAUCUGAUGCGCAGUUCUGCAGCAGCUGCCGUUGCAUACAAUCCAAUGACAGGUCUAUCGCUAACAGGGUUCCCACCAGGCGCCAAUGCCGACCCCGCUAAGUUCUUCGGACUCGCGAACAGACGAAAAAGACGCGUUUUAUUCACUCAGGCUCAAAUACACGAACUUGAACGACGAUUCAAACAGCAGAAAUACUUAACGGCCGCUGAAAGAGAAAGUCUGGCACAUUUGAUUAACCUAAGUCCAACACAGGUCAAAAUCUGGUUCCAGAACCACAGAUAUAAGACUAAAAAGUCCAAACACAGCUCGCCAUCAUCAGGAACCGCAUCAUCGCAGAACGGAAACAGUAACGGGAACCAAAACGAUCAACAGGGUGAUUCUGAAUCACGAGGCACUUCUCAUGGUCUUAAUAACCAGCAGCAAUACAUGCAAAGUAAGCCCCCCGUUAAAAGACAAGAUACAGAGGUUAUAAUCAAGAACCCUCAAGUCGACGACAAAUCUAGCAUUACUCCCAUCCUCAAUAUGAGCAUGAACCCAAAGGGACCUGAGAACUACUUGAACGAUCUUGACUCCCAGGGCGAUUUGCCUGCAGAAGCGAUGACCAGGCAAGACUCCAGCAGUCAGAUUGACGUUUCAGCCAAUAAUAUUGUAACAGCGGCCCAACUGCGGUCAGUAGCGGCAGCCAAUCACAAUUCGCUUUUAUCUUUCAACUCAGAAAACAUAUCAGCUCCUCAGUUUGGAAGCCACGGAAUGUAUUAACUUUUUUAAAGAUCUACCUCUAUGUUGAGAACCGAAACUACAUAUCAAUGUACAAUUUGAUGAAAUGUGAAGUACCCUUCUUGUAUAGUAAAUUUUAGUUCAUUAC